AUGCCAGGACGUCAAAGAGGGCAACAACGUAAUCAGCGAGGUAAAAGAAACAGUCAUCGUGGCAGACGUGGAAUGAUUCCUACUGCAAAUGGCUUUCUAUAUGAGCCCUCCUAUAAAAUUGACUAUGAGGACGACUUUCGACUCUAUGCGCAGUUUGGUUCUGAGGAAGAGCAAGAAGAUCCUCAACUAUUAAGCAAGAAAGGCCACAAAAAUAAGAAGCCGCAGUACUCUAAAAAAAAUAACAAUCAUCAUUCACAGCGGCCUGUCAAACAAAAAUCAUAUCACACACCCGUCAAGUUCACAAAGGCCACAACCUUAUUUGAAAAAGAAGAAGAAGAAAAGGAUGAUAGCGUAGAUCAAACUAUUCGGUCCAUGACCACACUUCGUCUUGAGGAUGUAGUGGGAGAAGGUUCAAAGGAUGGUGCUUUAAAAGAAAAGGAUGAAAGCGAAGAAGAAUAUCUUAAUGAAAAUGAAUAUUAUGAAGAACAUUCUGCAGAAGAGAAUGAAGAUGAUGAUGAUAUUGAGUAUUAUGAAGAAGAAGAAGAUGAUGACGAUGACGACGAUGAAGACGAAGAAUAUUAUGAUCAAGAUACUUUCUUGCAUUUCUCAGAUACGGAAAUAGAUGAGCUUUUGGAAGAAGAUAUGAUGAUUAUGGAAGAUUACAUGGAGAAUGCAGAAUUUGAUAAGGACGAUAUCCAUAAUAUCCUUCAAUGGUCUGCGCAGCAGGAUCAACAUCAAAAUGAAGAGCCUGAGUUUGAAGAAUAUGAUUAUGAUGAUCUUGACCGCAGCAAUCAUACACAACGAAUAUUGACAGAAAUGGAAGAAGAAGAGGCAAUGAUGACAAAAGAAAAUAUCCAUGGUCAAAUCAUGAAAGGUGUCAAGGAUAAAACCAAGAAAAAAAGAAAGAACCGUCAGCAAGUGGAUGAUGAUGUUGAAGUUGAUCCUGAAAUCUUUAGAUACACUCUAGAAAGGGCAAUGGCAGAAAUUCCUCCAGGCUUACGUCCCGGUAUGCGUUCAUGGUAUGAUAAGCAACAAAAGAGAAAGGAAGCCAAAAAGGAAAAACAAAAACAGAAAAAGACGAGGCAACAAAAGGAAGACAAGAAGAGCAAGAAGAAAAAGAAGAACAACUCUUAUGACCAAGACUUUGAUCUGACAAAGAUUGAUAGGCGCAUAAGAGAAUUCAUAACUGACAGCUCCAUCUCAUGCUAUGAGUUUAGGCCCAUGCCUCCUUAUGUACGGAAACAGGUACACAUCCUUGCUCAAGCCUAUAAUCUUCUGUCAGAGGGCACAGGCAAGGGAGCAGACCGAUACAUUGUCAUCAGGAAGACAUCUGAAACAGAGAUACCAGAGAACCGUAGCUCAAUUGAGCUCUACAUAGAAGAGCUUCAGCAAACAAUUGAUGUGGUUACAAGUCGUCAACGAAAGCACAAUGAACCUUCAGAACUAUCAAAGGAGAAGAAUCGCAACAAAAAGAACAGCAAGGGCACAACUAAAAAACCUGGAAAUAAUAAGAAACAAACGACCAUGCCAGUUCCUGGUACAGUUGUUGGUGACAAUGUUGCGCCUAUCAGUCAAGAUAAUGUUGGACAUCGCAUGUUGGCUGCUAUGGGAUGGCGCCAAGGACAAGCACUGGGAACAAGCAAUGAUGGUAUUGUUAAUCCAAUCAUGGCUGUCGUCCGUAGAAAUAAGUUGGGUCUCGGUUUAUAA